AAACUUGCUAGUUUUUUUUAAUAGUUCACAAAACUUGUCUUCCUAAAAGUUUUUUUUACAAGGUUCACCCAUAUGUGUGAUUUAUUUUAGAAUUUGGUAGUUUCGUUUGUGAAAGUGUAAAUGUGAAUAUUGAUCGCAUCAUUUAAUUUAACCGACUAGUCCUGAGCCCAACUGAGCCAAGAAUUUUAAUUAAGUCUUCGCCUAUUGUCAAGGAAUAAGGCAAAAUUAUCUCAAGGUUAAACUAUGGCAUCUCAAAGUGAAGAAUCAGCUGAGGAAAGUCUCGAUAUAUGUGAAGGCUUAGUACCUCUCUCCGAGAAACGCACUACAAGCGUAGUAAAUUCGGAUGGAGUCAAGGUUUCUAAAGAAAAAAUAGUUGGGAAGUUUAGAGCAUGCAUCCGUUGCCAUUUAGUGGCUUCGGAACGUCAGUUUACUGAGCAUGGAUGUCCGAAUUGCCCUUUUUACAACAUUCAUCAAAAGAAAUCAGCACUUUUGGAUUACACAACAAGCAAAUAUUCAGGUUUACUAGCUGUUAUGCAACCAAAAAUAAGUUGGGCGGCAGACUUUAACCGUCUAAAUAAAUACAUUCCAGGAUGUUAUGCUAUAGAAGUGUACGGGGAUUUACCAGAAACUGCGACGGAUCUUUUACCUUAAUUUUUAGAAAAACAAUAACACUUUUCUGUUGUGUCUUUUAUCCUUUCAACACAAAAUGAAUUCGAGCGUAUAUGCAGAAACUGUUAUGUGAUAAUUAUUAUUUUUUUUUUUUUGUCUCGCGACAUCUUCUGUACAAACUUAUACAGACAUGUAAAAAAAAAUUUAUUUAAAUUUAAAAUGACAUCAUUGGUUCAAAGUCGUUCAACAUCUAAACCGAUCAUUGCAACACCAUCUACAAAAUCAUUAAAAGAAAUCACAACACCAGGAAUAGAAACACCUUUACCAUUUGAUGCGACUCCGAAAAGAAAUCGUUUAAGUGUGAAACAAAACACAAAUUCAAUUGUUAUUCAAACGCCACAAGAAGAUUUUUUAAAUGAGUCGGAUACCUAUCAUGGGAUUGACAAGUUACAAGCGUUGGGUAUCAAUGCAGCGGAUAUCUCAAAACUAAAAUCGUCUGGUUUUUGCACUGUCUUAAGCAUUAUUCAAGCGACGAAAAAGGAGUUGUGUCAAAUUAAAGGAAUUUCUGAAGCAAAGGUUGAAAAAAUUUUUGAGGCUGCUUGUAAAAUUGAAACUAGUACUAAUUUCAUGACAGGAUCCCAAUUGUUACAUAAAAGAACCGCUGUAUUGCACAUUACGACAGGGAGUAGUCAAUUAGAUGAGAUAAUUGGUGGUGGAAUCGAAACUAUGUCGAUUACUGAAAUUUUUGGAGAAAAUCGGACUGGUAAAACUCAAAUAUGUCAUACAGUUUGCGUUACAGGACAACUUCCACAGAGUAUUAAUGGAGGGAACGGUAAAAUAUGUUUCAUUGAUACGGAAGGUACUUUUCGGCCCGAGAAAAUUGGGAAAGUUGCUGAACGUUAUGGUUUAUCAGCUGAAGCUAUUUUAGAAAAUAUAAUUUAUGCGCGUGCCUACACGCAUGAGCAUCUCAAUCAGUUAUUAAGUAUGGCGGCCGCUAAAAUGAUCGAAGAUCAUUUUAGUGUUCUCAUUGUCGAUUCAAUAAUGAAUCUUUUUCGAGUAGAUUUUUCGGGUAGGGGAGAAUUGGCAGAGCGACAACAAGUUUUGAACAGAACUUUAAGCCGACUUAUUAAGAUAGCUGAACAAUUUAAUAUUGCCAUUAUUUACACCAACCACGUCAUGUCUGAUCCUGGGGGGGGCUUGACAUUUGUAGCUAAUUUAAGUAAACCUAUUGGAGGGCACGUUCUAGGGCAUGCUUCAACAACCCGCCUAUCAUUGCGGAAAGGUAAAGGCAACCAACGGAUUUGUAAAGUGUACGAUUCUCCUAAUUGUCCUGAAGCGGAGUGCGUGUUUGAAUUAAGCGAUGGCGGCAUUACAGAUACUGUUGAAUAAAACUUUUCCAGAGAGAUUUUCGAUUUCUGGACAUGAAUGAAAACGUUCUGCGUACUGCGCACUAGUUGAAACGGCAUUCGUACAAAAGAAGCUGAUCAAAGUCUUUUAAAAUUUGACUUUCAUGUAUCUUUUUUUCUGUUUUACAUAAAUUAAAUUAACUUUUUGGGGUAUUUUAACGCAACUCAAUGUUCUACACUUUUCUC